AGUUGAGGCAAGAGGAAGAAGAAGAAGAAGAAGAAGGGGGCGCCAUCGCCCGUGGGGCGGCGCCAGGCUGAGGCAGUGGGCGGUCGGUCGGUCGGUCGGAGCGCGGCGCCUGCGCGCCUCCUUCCACAGCGGGGCAAGCGGGAGCUCCUCGGGGCAGCGUCGCGGAAGGGAGAGCGCGGAGUUGUGUGUGAGGCGGCUUGGCCGGCUGCUUUGCCCGGCGUGGCGCGGGCGGCAUGGCGGAGGCGGCGUUGCCAAGCUCAGGUAAGGAAUGGCUAGAGCAGGCGGGCGGGCGGGAGGCCGAAGCCGCCGCCGAAGCCGCCGCCGGGCCUGGAUGGUGGUGGUGGUGGGGGGAAUGAAAAAAUGCGAGCCUCGUGUGUGACAGGACCCGACUUGGGAGGCCGGAGGGGUGGGGAAAGGGGGGCGAAGGCGCCGCCUCGCUUCCCGCUCCUGAGGGGAACUCCUCGCCUCCACCCGGGUUAGCCCCUCCGCCGGGCACAAGGCCUCGGACGGGAAAGGUCGGAAGGGCGAGUUUUCGCCUUGCUUCCGUGAGUGCAACCGGGGAGGAGCGGCGGCGGCGUGUGUGUGCUGGCCGGGGGGGGGGGGUUAUACAGGCGGCAGUAGCAUCGGUUGCAUAAACGCGCUGCUCGUGCUACUUGUACGCCGGGCUCUCCGAGCAGCUUGGAGGGAGGGCGCACCAUCCGUGAUUCCCAAGCGCGAGGCGGCGAGCCUGGAAGAAGUCUGCAAUAUUGCAUGGUGGUGGUGACGGUCCUCAUUCCUCAGCUUUCUCCGCCGCCGCCGCUGCUGCAGUGCAUCUCGCAUCAACAGAUGUCGUGACGCUCAUGCAAAAAGCGCGGAAAGGAGCAUCCCCACAGCUGCAGGAGCCCCUCGGUGCAGGAGGGAGCAGGGAAACGCCGGAGCUCGGGAAAGGGCUCCGUUGAAAUGCCCCAUGCGGGGGCAGAUCAUCCCGAAAUACCGGGAAGCCGAAUAUGAUUACCCGUGGUUGCAAUGCAGCACUGAGACGUUGAUUCUUUUGGCUUGCCAGUAUGUACUGCGGGAUGCAGUUUGGGGCGGGGGGCAGCGGUAGAAUUUAAUUUUAGCAGAAGUGUUUGUUUUUGUGCAAGGGCUGUUGAGAGAGUCGUUUUUCUCUCUCCCCCUUCUCCCCCCCCCCCCGCCGUCCACUUUUGUAGUUGACCUUUACGGUAAGGUUAUUUGAAAUAGGCAUCUUAUAGAAUGUAAUUUUUUUGCAAAAUGUUAUUUCCUGAGUAGGGUACGGAGAUGAGCUGCUAAAUUUUUUUUUAUUGUUGAAGCAAAUAAGUUCAUAUCUGUAAUAGUAACAGCAAGAUGUGCGUUGAGACUCUUGGUUGCUGCACAACAAGCAGUAUAAUUAUUAUUAUUAUUAUUUAUUGAAUUUAUAUACAGCCCUGUACCUGGGGGUCUCAGGGCGAUUCAUAUAAAAUACCCUGACAAUAUAUAGAAUGUCAUAAUGGUAUGCUGCAUGAGAAAAGCACAUAUACCUCAGUGCUUGUAGUUAUUUGGCUUUGGCUUAAUACUGCAAUCAGUUAAUUGUGAUAAAUGUAGUAAAGGUAAAGGGACCCCUGGCCAUUAGAUCCAGUCGUGGCCGACUCUGGGGUUGCGGCGCUCAUCUCGCUUUAAUGGCCGAAGGAGCUGGCGUACAGCUUCCGGGUCAUGUGGCCAGCAUGACUAAGCCGCUUCUGGCGAACCAGAGCAGCGCACGGAAACGCCAUUUACCUUCCCGCCGGAGCGGUACCUAUUUAUCUACUUGCACUUUGACGUGCUUUCGAACUGCUCGGUUGGCAGGAGCAGGGACGAGCAACAGGAGCUCACCCCGUCACGGGGAUUUGAACCAUCAACCUUCUGAUCGGCAAGUCCUAGGCUCUGUGGUUUAACCCACAGCGCCACCCACGUCCCUUGAUAAAUGUAGUACUGUGGUCUUAAUCUUUUUACCAAAGAAACAAAAUGUUGUUUGGAGUAAAAAAAACAACAUGCUAGUGCGUACUGCAUUGUUUCCCAGAAAUUUCUCCCCCAAAACCUGAAAGGUACCCAAAAGAGGCUACAGUAUUUUGACAUUACUUGGCCAGUUAGUUCAUUCUGGGUUUUGCUGAACAGCAAAAUGCUUUUUUUCAAUAUAUAUUCCUUUUUCCUAGGUGUGUUAAAUCCAGAUGCAACUGACUUCAUUCCAAGAGACAGGCAAACUUUCAGUCUGAACUGGAACAGUCAAUCCAGAUUGGAAUCAAAUCGGGACAGAAAUGCUGUACCACCUUCUGCUCACCCUAGACACAGUAAAUAUGAAAAUUCUCCUGUAGAUCAGCAUACUUUUUAUAGUCUAGAGAGUCAGCAUAGAAGCCAACCAGAUUCUUCAUUGUUCAACAGUAUGGGUAAAACAAAGGGCCGCAACUUACAGAGUCAGCGAUGGCUGAGAUCAAGGAAUGAUAGAACACAUGGCAAAAAUCAGGCAAAGCAGACAAAUGCAGGGAAUUCAGAAGAUCCUCAAUGUUUAGAUAGCAGAUUGAUUCCAGGACGAAGGAUGAAUCCAAGAGAAUACAGUGAUUUUUCUUCAGACAGUGAAAAGGAGGCUGCUACUGCAGAUAAUAGAGGAGCAAAGCCAAAGAAGACAUAUUUGAUGCAUUCACGUGGAAGAGGAUUGAAGGAAAAGGAGAAACAUCCUCCUGAAAGGGAUAAAAGAUUAGUUUCUAAAUGGAGGGACAAGCCCUUUGAAAAUAUACCAGCAAUAGAUCUUACACAGUCGGACUCUUCUGACGCAUCACUUGGAAAAGCAAUAUCUGAUGGCUUUUCUGACAAUAGCAUUGCACGGAGAAAGUACCCCUUUGCAAACAGAUAUUUUAAGGAGCCUAUGUGGAAUAAAGAGACUGGCAAAAGGCAAGAUACAUCUAGGAGCAAACAUGUAAAACAUGUUAAGAAUGCGUCCCUUCCGCAUCCUCCCAAAGAACGCACCAGUGAGAAGAGAGAAUCUGUGCUGCGUGAAAGGGGUUCAAACUUAGUGAGUGUGGCACAGGCACAGCCAGUACAGGAAUCAGGUACACGUGAUGGGAGAAAACCUGUCCUUCAAGAUGGAUAUAAAAGUAGGCGCUGGAAAAAGCAAAAUGAUGCACCAAAGAGCAAGGAAACUCAUACAGGUAAAUUUCUCCAUUCUUAAUCCAUUUGAGGACCUGAAAGCCCAGUUGUGUGCUUUCCUUUAGCUUUUACAAAAGUGGUUUUCCUUGGUGCUCUGUUUUGUUCUCAAAUCUUCCAUUCUUGGGCAAGGUGAUUGAGCAAGUGGUUGCUGAACAACUCCAGGCACGCCUGGAAGAAGCAGACCAUUUGGAUCCCUUCCAGUCGGGAUUCAGGCCUCAUCAUGGGACUGAAACUGCCUUGGUCGCACUGGUUGAUGAUCUCCGGCAGGCUAGGGACAAAGGUGAGAGCUGUUUCCUAGUUCUGCUGGAUCUCUCAGCGGCGUUUGAUACCAUCGACCAUAACAUCCUUCUGGACCGUCUUGAGGGGCUGGGAGCUGGGGGCACUGUCAUACAGUGGUUCCGCUCCUUCCUCCUGGGUCGUGUUCAGAAAGUGGUGGUGGGGGAUGAGUGUUCAGACCCCUGGGCUCUCACUUGUGGGGUGCCUCAGGGUUCUGUCCUCUCCCCCAUGCUUUUCAACAUUUACAGGCAGCCGCUGGGAGAGAUCAUCAGGAGGUUUGGGCUGGGUGUUCAUCAGUAUGCAGAUGAUACCCAGCUCUACCUCUCUUUUAAAUCAGAACCAGUGAAGGCGGUGAAGGUCCUGUGUGAGUGUCUGGAGGCAGUUGGAGGAUGGAUGGCGGCUAACAGAUUGAGGUUGAAUCCUGACAAGACAGAAGUACUGUUUUUGGGGGACAGGAGGCGGGCAGGUGUGGAGGAUUCCCUGGUCCUGAAUGGGGUAACUGUGCCCCUGAAGGACCAGGUGCGCAGCCUGGGAGUCAUUUUGGACUCACAGCUGUCCAUGGAGGCACAGGUCAAAUCUGUGUCCAGGGCAGCUGUUUACCAGCUCCAUCUGGUACGUAGGCUGAGACCCUAUCUGCCUGCGGACUGUCUCGCCAGAGUGGUGCAUGCUCUGGUUAUCUCCCGCUUGGACUACUGCAAUGCGCUCUACGUGGGGCUACCUUUGAAGGUGACUCGGAAACUACAACUAAUCCAGAACGCGGCAGCUAGACUGAUGACUGGGGGCAGCCGCCGAGACCAUAUAACACCGGUCUUGAAAGACCUACAUUGGCUCCCAGUACGUUUCCGAGCACAAUUCAAAGUGUUGGUGCUGACCUUUAAAGCCCUAAACGGCCUUGGUCCAGUAUACCUGAAGGAGCGUCUCCACCCCCAUCGUUCUGCCCGGACGCUGAGGUCCAGCGCCGAGGGCCUUCCCUCAUUGCGAGAAGCAAAGCUACAGGGAACCAGGCAGAGGGCCUUCUCGGGAGGGAACACCCUCCCACGAGAUGUCAAAGCGAUAAACAACUACCUGACAUUCAGAAGACAUCUUAAGGCAGCCCUGUUCAGGGAAGUUUUUAACGUGUGAUAUUUUAGUGUAUCUUUGGUUUCUAUGGAAGCCGCCCAGAGUGGCUGGGGAGGCCCAGCCAGAUGGGCGGGGUAUAAAUAAUAAAUUAUUAUUAUUAUUGUUGUUGUUGUUAUUCAAAAUGCUAGAAGCUGGCUUUAUGGAUGAGUGCUCUGGAUGUAUAUGUAGGAAACAUCUGAGAAAAAAUAAGUUAGGGUACAUGCAUUAUGAUUGCAAUGUUGGAGCAGGGCAAAACAAAUGAAUGAAUGUCAGAAAGAUGGGUGGAUAUAGUAUCUACAAUGGGAACUUUUCAGUAGCAGGUGAAGGCCUUCAUUGUUUCUGGCCUUUGAAACUUUGUUGUUGUUGUUUGAACUUUUCAGAGAUAGGAAACUUGUGAAUCUCCAGAUGUUGGAUUCCAGUUCCUAUUAGCCCCAGCCAUCAUGGCCAUCGGUAAAAUGGGAGUUGGUAGUCUAGAAAAAUCUGGAGAGCAAUAACAUCCUUAUCCCUAAACUAUCUGUUUCCCCUUGGUUGGAUAAUGUUAGAGUUUGUUUUGAUCUUACGCUACUUCAUAUGGUUUUAUGCUGGUUUUACUCUUAAUUGUGUGCUGGUACAGCUGCUGAGUCAAUUGCUUACAGUACUUGUUAUUUAUUUGCAGUUGAUUGUAUAUUUUCCUAGGUUUUCAGUUGUGAACUUGAUUAAUUGUGUGGUAUAUAAUUGCACUAGGCAAGCUUUUAAUUUCCUGGGUUUAGAAUAGGGUGUGAUAUCUGAAUAGUGAUCCUAAUUGAUCUCCAAAUGGUAUAUUGGUGAUUUUGAGGAACGCUAUGGAAGUUUCCCUGAAACCACCUCAGGAGUUCCUCAGAGGAAAAAGACCAACAAUGGCUGGUUUCGCAGUCCUAGCUCCAUGCACCUGGCAGUAAGCGCCAUUGCAUUCAGUAGGGCUUACCUCUAAGUAGACAUGGUUAGGAUUGUGCUGCGAGAAGCUUUUCUGAAACGUAGCUGGCUCAUCAUAAUUAUUUGUGCACUAUCAAACCACCAGGGUGUUUUGGUGCACAUGUGGGAAAGUGGUGAGGCUUAACAUGGAUGCACUAGAAUUUGCCUCAGAUUAUCUGCAGCAGUACAGUGGUACCUCGGGUUAAGUACUUAAUUCGUUCCGGAGGUCCGUUCUUAACCUGAAACUGUGCUUAACCUGAAGCACCACUUUAGCUAAUGGGGCCUCCUGCCGCCGCCGCGCCGCCAGAGCACGAUUUCUGUUCUCAUCCUGAAGCAAAGUUCUUAACCCAAGGUACUAUUUCUGGGUUAGCGGAGUCUGUAACCUGAAGCUUACGUAACCCGAGGUACCACUGUAGUUGAGUCAGUGUGUGAAGUGUUCCUUAAAGAUAGAACACAUUUAACUGCUAAGGUUAUAAAUGACAUCCUCUGUUUGUAACAAACAAAUAAUGUCCUGAAGUUCAACAUCAUGUUGCUUGGAAAGGUGUGCCAGUAGUACUGUAAUGUCAGCAGCGCUUGCUGUGCAAAGUCUCUCAUCUUUGUAGUACUGCUGAGCAGGCUGGUGUUUUGGAGUUGCCUGCUGUUUCAUGGCAAUUACAGCCACUUUGCAUUUGCAAAGUCGUACCUACAGAGAAUCAGGACACCUGCUGCACUGAUGAGAUAGUGUUGCUAUUUAGAUGAAAAGAUAAUUCAGUGCUUGAGGGAGCAUCACCUUGCCUAUUGGCAAUAUGGUACUUUUUGCUUCUCAUAAUGUAACUCUGUGAUCAGGGUUGGAGAGGAGCAUCUACAGUCAGCGUGUAUAUCUGAACUCUACCACCACAAAAUAUUUGUUCAUUUUGCUGCUCUUUGCCUGUAGCAUAUAAAAUUUAUCUCUUGGAGACCUGUCAGCAACUGUCAUGGACUGGUUGGACGCAGAGGAAUGGUGGGAGGAACCAGCUGGGGAACCACCAAGGGAAGAAGGCUCAGAGCACGGGGAUUGGUAGUGGGAUGACAAUGAGUGGUCCGAGGGACAAGAUGGGAGAGGAGCUGUUGGAUACCUUUGUUCAUCAAAUGGCUGGAAUGGCUAGUGAAGGUGUUUGAUGUUAAAUACAGGUAUGGGCCUUGGGUAGGGUGGGGAGGUGGUUAUGCAAGAUAAGAUUCAAAAAUAAAGGAAUAUGUCCUGAAAUACCAUUCACAAAUUGGUAACUGAAGGCAAAAGCAUUGUUAUGCUGCUGUACAUUUGUUUAGUAUGCCGCAGGACUUAUUUGUUGUUGGAAUAAUGUUUGUAUAUGUCCUAAAAUAUCUUCCUUAGGGUCUCUGAUAGAGCAGCUUACCUCAGAAAAAUAUGAAUGUAUGGUAUGUUGUGAUGUGAUCCGUGUGGUGGCCCCAGUGUGGAGCUGUCAGAAUUGCUAUCAUGUGUUCCACUUGAGCUGCAUUAAGAAGUGGGCAAGAUCACCAGCAGCACAGACUGAAGGUCAGUAUUUCCUCCAACUUGCUAAAUGUAUUGAUAAGACCCCCUGUGCUUAACUGCUUUUAGAUAGUUGUACAUAAUAUUGUGCGACAGCCUCAAUUAACUUUAUGUAAAACAAGUUUAUUGAAGUACUGUAUUACAUGAGACUUGUUUCAAGAAAUGGUUUUUCCUAUAUUUUAUUACUUCAGGUGAUCAAAUACAUCCUGAAAUUGAUUGAGAAUUAUAAAGCCUCCCUCAUUUUUUUUGCAGAUGGUAAUAGUGGCUGGCGGUGCCCUGCUUGUCAAAAUGUUUCAUCCCAAGUUCCUAAUAUUUACACCUGUUUCUGUGGUAAGUGCCUUUCAGAGUCAGGAAUAUUGAAUGUUUUUUAAAGUUUCAUCAUUCUGAUAUGGGUUCGUUUUGAUUUCAUUUUUCCAGCUUGGCAUAACGAACCUUCCAGUGCAUUUGUAACUCAAUAUGGCUAUUGUUUUCAUUUUGUUUUUCAACAGUAAACAUAAUCUAUUAUACUCCACUUACUUCCCAUCCCAUGUUAUUCAGAAGCCCCUCUUCUCUGAAGAGGCUUUUCAGAAGGCAGGUAGUUGCACAAAAGAGAAGGGCACUUCCUUAAGUUAACUAAUAUUUUUAAUGUUAGGGUUGUUUGUUUGUUUGUUUGUUUACUGUUUUCACCUAAAAAACUAGAAAGGAUGGAAUUUACACUAGGGGAUUUGCCCAACGUAUUACAACUACCAGGCUCUUAGAAGACAUCUGAAGGCAGCCCUGUUUCGGGAAGCUUUUAAUGUUUGAUGUAUUAUAGUAUUUUAAUAUUCUUUUGGAAGCCGCCCAGAGUGGCCGGGGAAGCCCAGCCAGAUGGGCGGGGUAUAAAUAAUAAAUUAUUAUUAUUAUUAUUACAUGCCUUGAGAAAAGCAGUACUGAAGAGUCGCAUAUAAAUUUAAUAUACAGUAUAUAUUUGAACAUUUUAAAUAUAUACAUACAUAAAUAUACACCCCCCCAUACAUACUGACACAAGCACACAUUUCAUUUGCUUGUCUUCAUAAAGAUCUUUAAGAAAUACCGUUUGCACCUUGUGGUAUGGAUGCUGCCAUCUUGUCUGCUGCUGAACAAUUUGCUGUCACUAUGGAAACAUUCAGCUCCAUCUUUUAAAGCAUAGACUGAAUCACAUAUGUUUAAAAUUAUAAUAGGAUGUGAAUGAUUAUGGCUGUAGAUGGUUGUUUCCAGUUCUUUUAAUAGCUGGCAGGUGUGUUGAAUGAGCCUGUAGUGGGGAGAGGGGUGAGGGGAUGAAGUUGUAGGGCUAAACUUGCAAGGAGCAUGGAAACCUUAAUUGUAUUUGUAGGUACAUGAAAUGAAGUUCUGUGCAUACUUCUUGAAUGGAUAUAAUACGUAUUAUGCACAAACACACAUAUAUACAUAGACAAAGAAUGGAUUAGAGACAGAAGAGAAGGGUGAUGUGUGCUGGAAGAAUUUCGUCAUAUUGUCCUCAUGUAAGUUUAAAAACCUGUUGUAAAAUGUAAAAGAGGAUUGAAUUAAAAAAAACUUCAUUAAGAGUAAUCACAAAAAAGGAAAUCUUUUAAAGCUUUAAUAUAGUUCUGUCUUUGAUUGAUUUUAAAAAUGAACAUUCUCUGUAUUGGUUUUUUUUUCUAUAGGUAGGGUAAAAAAUCCUGAAUGGAAUCGAAAUGAAAUUCCACAUAGCUGUGGAGAACUCUGUAGAAAGAAAAGAUCAGCUCAAGAUUGUCCACAUUUAUGUAAUAUGUAAGUAUUUUUUCAAUAUUCCCAGCGCAUUAGAUUAUAUGCCUUAACUCUUGAAAGAUAAGCAGGGCUUUUUGCUUUUGUUCUGCAAAAGCAUGUGGUGGGUAGAACAGUCCUAACCCUUGAUCCACUGCACUGAAGAAAGCUAGGAUGCAGCUGACUGUCCAGGUGCCACUGUGAAGGUCUUUGCUGCACUGGCCAAAAUGGUGGGCAGAAGCUAUCACUGGUGGUAUCCCCACUAGUGGUAGCUAGUAUCAACUCCCCAAAAUGGAGCUUCAGGGUCAGCGGAUGAGGAGAACACAGAGCUUGACUGGCCAAGAAUCCACCGGGUGCUAAGCUGGUCCAGCUACUGCUAAUGGGCCCAACCUGGGCCUCUUGGCUAUACCAGCCUGGAGCUUAUGCAGUGAAAAAGAACAACUUCACUGGCCUCCCCGUUUGCCUGCCUAGCCAGUGUGAACGGCAGCAUUUUGGACACAGCAGUGGUUCUGCUGAGAUCGUAAGCAGGGCUUGCUGAGAUGGUGCAAACGUUUAUGGUGGGGUUCACUUAGUUGCAUGUUAGAGAUAAGCAGCUGUAGGGUCAUAUAUUUCCUUCCCAUCCAGCCGCUUCCUUUUAGGGUGUGAAAUCCUUUUGCCCUUUCCCUGUUAACUUUCACCAUGGGUGAGUGUUAAAUGAAAAUUGACAUUAACUAGAAUAUCAAAUGAUUGUGCUCUAAAAUAAAUAACUGCUCCUGAUAUUCUAAAGACAGCUGGGGAUUUGUUCCUCAUCAUUAUAUCUUAACUAGGCUUCUGUGUUGUGUUAGGCAUGGUAGUAUUGUGUCCAGCACUGCAAUUAUUAAAUUACGUUCCGUGUAGUAAAGUUCUGAUGAUGCCUUAACUUCAGCGUGCAAGGAUAACUGCUGACUUUUGUGAAUCAGAUUGAAAUGAAAAUGUUACAAAACUUAAAUUCUGUUGAAUACUUCCAUUUUUCAGACUCUGCCAUCCAGGACCGUGCCCAUCAUGUCCUGCUUUUAUGACCAAAAAAUGUGAAUGUGGACGCACAAGGUGAGAUCAUACUUAGACUUUAUUGCAAAAAGCUUAAAAUUUAUUUGUGGCCUGUCACAGAAUAAUAAUUUAGUAUUUUUUUUUUUGUAAUGUUAAUGUCUCCGAAGAAUCUGAAAAAUUUAAAAUAAUACAGUAUUUAUUUAAAAUAAUAUUUUUUAAUGGUCCAUAUAAUUAGGAAAUUGGCUGGCUACCGUUUUAAUGGCAUGUAUCUCCUAGUAUACAUGCUCCUUCCAUGUGUAGUUGGAUUGUCUACUGCAGUGCCCUCCUCUGGCUGGUGGCCAGUGUUUUUAAUGGCAAUCAUUCUUUUUACCAAAAUUUGAAAAUAUGGAAGGGUGCUGUUAGGGAAGAAAAACAAAAUUACUUGAGAAGGAAAGCAUGACAUAGAUACUAAUAUUAUAUGAAGCUUCAAUGGGAUAUUGCAAUAAGCAAAUCUUUCUGUACGUGAUCUCUCUAUGUACAGUGACAAGCUCUUACAGGCUGUACAGCAAAAUGCAUCAGAAAUAGAUGCCACCCUCUCUGCUGUGAUUGCCUAGCAAUUGCCUGCUGUCUUUAUGAUGUACACCACAAAUAACUCUUCCUAUUGUGACUAAUCGUGCCCCUGCUGUGUGAGAUUCCUGUCAAGUAAGAAUUUCCAGACAAUUCAUAGAUAAUUUUGAUACAUCUGAAAUAAAUGGAACGUGAUUUAUGGGCUGGCCCUCGAGUUUUCUUUGUUCAUUGCUGCUGCUAAUGUAAAAAUUAAGUUGCCAAUAUUUGGUGCUAUUGUUCUUAAGGUGUUUUUUUCUCAGGUUGUCCCACGAAUUAAAACUAAGAAAAAUAGUAAAAGAUAAAUAUAGUAAGGCCCACUAAGCUCAGGUUUUCAGUUUUGUGUUGCUUCUGUGUGUAUCAUAGUAUGCUAUAUAAUCAUUUUGUGUAUGAUUACAAUUCAGAGUUGUAGAUUAGAUUGUCCUGUUGAAAUUGCAUUAUACCCUCACCCCCCAUUUCCUUUUUAGUCUUAAUUUCCCUUCACUUUGAAAAUAGUCUUAUCUGGAUAGACUCUUGUUUGGUUAUAUGGAAAAGGGCAUGCACAAUGGUACUUGAAUUAUAAAUCAGCAUGGAUACUGAGAGCAGCUUUAAAGAAGAAAAAGCUAAACUAAAACAAUGCCAGGUCAGUUUCCCCCUGCAGCAUCAGAAACAGGGUGUUUGGGGUGGGGAUGAGAGAACCACCAGUACUUUAUGUAGGGCUCUCCUGGCUGGAGGACACAGCCCUGCCAAAAUGCUCUGACCUUUGAGAUGAGUUCUCUGCAGUGCCACUAUCUCCCCAGGUACACAGAAACCAAAUACUGCAAAAUGAGGUCAGGGCCAGAUGUAUAGCUAUUUCAGAAUGCUAGCAGACCUGCCUUGGACUGAUGGGAAUCACAGCCCCCAUCACUGAGAGACAGGGAUGCCUACCCUGCCUCUUGAGCUAGUGGUAAAGUCUGUUGAGGAGACACUUUGCUCAUGAGCAAAAAGACACUUUCAAUGUAAUUGCCAGUGUUGCUUUCUCAUCACAGUAAACCAUGGCUGAUUCCUUCAGUGCAGCCGGUAUGUGAGUAAUUGUGAAUUAGCUGCAAAUUGGCAUAUGAAAAAAAAUGGUUUGAAGUUGGCUUGGAAAACAUGGUUUAAAUUUUAACAUAUGUACUGGGCAAAACACUCCAAUUUUUCUACUUGCAAGAUGGCAAGCUGAAAUCUCAUUGGUAUAUUCCUAUAGCACCCUCUGAGGGGCAGGCUUAGAAGAGUAAGCUAAAACAUAGGUUCCAUUUCAGCCUGGUUCACACAUCAUGCUAAGCCAAACUUGGGCUAAAUGAGAAUGUGUUAGGGGCUUGGAGAGGAACUCAAAGCUACUUUGAGACCCCAAAUCUCUGGCCAGUGCUGGCUGGUGCUGAUGGGCACUGGAGUUCAAUAACAUCUGGAGGGCAACAUAUUCCUCAUUUGGAGUUAAAUAAAUAACUUCUAAGCUAGAUAACUCAUCUGCUUUACCAUUCUAAGAGGUUUUCUUACUGUCCACCCCAACCACCAUGAUUUGUAUGGAUUUCAUGUACAUACGAACUUCUAAUUCUUUUGUGUCAGGUUUGCAAACUACCUUCUCAGAUUGAGCUGACUCCCUUUGUUAUAGGUACAAAUGAAUUAACAGAAAUGCUACAUUAUCUCCUUUUGUUUGCUUAAAAGCCAUUUGAACUACUUCACAGAUGACAAAUAGAACCAAAUGGAAAUGGUUCCCACCCCCAAAGUAUUUUCUCUUAGAUAGCAUAUGCCCAAUUGUGUGAGCAGAUGAACGCUUCUUUAGACACACGGAACUCAGACUAAUUGUAUCAAAUUUGCAUUUGAGAAAGGGUGCACGGGCAUUUUAUUUGAGACAAAAUAACUGCCACUUUAAAAGUUACAUUUUGGUGUAACCUGCUGUGUGCUGCUACAACUGCAUAAUUGCAAAGAAUAGUUUUGCAUUUUCAAAUGGUGCAAAAGUAUAUGCUUUAAGACACGCUGGUACUGCGGGUGCUGGAAGCAUUUUUCCUGUUUAAAUAAAGAUCUCUGUGGUUUUCACUAUUAUGGAAUUAUUCUCCCUUUAAUUUAGCAAAACCCUCAAUGGAGCAUAUAUUAAAGCCUAAAGGGACUUGCCUGUUAAUAUUAACAGCUCCUUUACUAAAUAUAUGUAGUCACAUUCAGAGGGAAUGUGGGUGAUAGCCUAAACUAUAAACACAGUAUUCUAAUCUUGCCAGCUGCAACUGAUGACUGACUGAGUUUUCUUCUACAGCCAUUCAGUUCGCUGUGGGCAUUCUACUGCAAUUCAGUGUACUAAUAUAUGUGGGAAUGUUUUGAAUUGUGGUACACAUAGCUGUGCCCAGAUAUGCCAUUCAGGAAAAUGCCAGCCGUGUGAAUUGACUGUAAAACAAGGUGAGUGGUGUGUGUGUGUGUGUGUGUAAAAUUAAAUUUCUAAUAAAAUAGUACUAAAACUUCCAGGAGUUGUUGAUUAUGUAGGACCAACAUGCUUCAGAAUUCUGUUAGGCUUUCCUGAACCUUUUCAUGGAUUGACAUGAAGAAAUAGAGCUACUGAAGUACAGUAACAAAAUGAUGUAGCAGCAACAGGGCUGGAGACACCAUUGUUCCAUCAGGAAAACGGAACAUAGCUAGGGAAUUGGGAGUAUUAUCAGAAGAAUAGUGCUCUCCCUCUCCCAUUCUCCUUUAGUUUAAGUUAGUGAUGAAGACUAAAAAGAGCAGCUGGUCACUAAAAUGACUCAAAACAUGUUUUUUUCCUCUGAAGUGUCCAGUCGGUAAUCAACUGCAUGCAGUUCAUAAGGUUGCUGUUUUUCUUCUUCUUUUAAGGCUACAGUAUUUGUACACACUCCUAGUGGUUCAACUUAGUAACUUUAAAUCACACUCUUACAUGAGAAGGAUGAAACAAUCCAAUCAUACACUGUGCAAUUUCUUACGGUUCCAAUUAGGGAUGGUGUUUUAAUUGUGCCGAUUUCUGGUGUGGCUGCAGAAACUGGUAACUCGUAACUGCUGCCCCCCACGUUGCUUUUGCUGCAUUAACAGCACUGAAGUGACCUCCCCAGGGCACAAGCCUGGGCAAGUGUGUAUGGAAGUCCUGGGCUGCCAGACAAGACACAUACCCCCAGCCUUGCUGAUGUGCUCCAAAGGAAAGCAGAACAGUACGUUUGGCACCAGCUUGGCUGCAGGAGUUGCGAGAAGGAGGCGUACAAGGUGCCAUCCAACCGUCUUAGGGACUCCACUCUGGAUUGGUGUAGGAUUUACUCCUUUUGUGGGGUGGGUCAAUCCAAUUGAUCUGGCUAAUCUUUAUUUUGGCUCAUGUGUUGUCCUUUCACUUUAUGAUAACCCUUUCUGUUUCUCUUUCUCCCCAAAUGCUUUUUUCUGUACAGUGUGUUACUGUGGGAGCACCUCUCGAGAAGUGUUGUGUGGGACAAGUGAGGAUCAUUUCUCUUGUCUGAGAACAUGUGGCAAGUAAGUUCUGCUUGGAACCUGAGCUCAGUUUUGUCAACGUUUGUGGAUUAACAUAGCCUUACGUGGGAUAAAUUGUAUUUCUUUAAUUUCAGAAAACUAUCCUGUGGAAUGCACAACUGUGCACAAGUAUGCCAUCCCCAGUCUUGCCAGCCUUGUCCACGGCUGCCACAAAUAGUGCACUGUUGCCCUUGUGGGCAAACGCCCCUUAAUAAAUUAUUAGAGCUGGGGUGCACAGAACGUAAACUCUGCACAGAUCCCAUCCCAUCGUGCGGAAGAACAUGUGGAAAACCUCUGCCUUGUAGUAGCUUUGGUAAUUAGAAUGUUGCUUGCUUGUGUAUGUAGCAUUCAUUUGUGUUGAAUUUUAUUGCCACUUCCAGAACGAUUAAAAAAAAGAUGAAAUAAAAGUGCAUUUCUAUGGUGGCAGUUCAAGUUGAUAGAAAAAGCCUAUAUAGAUAAGAAACUUUUCUUUGGGGAGGAAGACGGAAAAGAGGUUGUAAGCUGCUCUGUGUUUUACCAAACGGUUGUACUUUUGCGCAGCCUCUCACCUCCAGCCACCAGGAUAAAAAGGAUCUAACUGCUGUAAGAAAGGCAGUUUUUCCAAGCUGGUGAAUCCUGCACAAGAGCAAAUGAACGGAGCACCGUACCUUUGUAAUGUAUAGACCUAGUGUGAUGUAAUGCAUAGAACACCAGACUUGGGCUAGGAACGCCUGUUUUCAAAUACUUGCGUGACUGAGCUUGGGUCAGCCAUUAUCUGUCAGUCUAACCUACCUCGCAGGACCUAGUGAAUGAUAUAUUCACAAUAAAGUUAAAAGUUUCAAAAUUUGUUGCAAAAGCGGUAGCAUGGACAACUAGUGUUAUUGUUUACUGUAAGGAAUGGAAUCUGUGAUUGCUUAUUUUGCUCAGGGAAUACAUAGUUACUCUGGGUUGUAUCCAAAUUAGCAUUACCAUGCCCCAUCAAUGCAGUAAUACCUGGCUGUGCCACAAUACUUUCCGCCCACCCUCCUCCUCCAGCAGGCCUCUAAAUCUGUUCUAUGGAUUUGCCCAACCCUCUGGAGCAGAUUUGGUAAGGGUGUAGGGCGAGGAAGGUGAAUCCCAUUUGCUGACAGGACACGUUAGUUAAAUACAACCCAGUGUAUUAAAGUUUCAGUUGACCAUAUUCUCUUAAUUAUGCAUAGAUGCUGUUCAUACAUGUGAAAACCUCUGCCAUGAAGGAGAAUGUGGACCAUGUUCUCGCACAUCAAAGAUUUCCUGCAGAUGUGCCUUAAAAACAAAGGUAAUUCCUAAAAAUAAUAAAGAAUGAAUAUUGAAAGUAAAACAGUCUUGUGGCACUUGAAAGACUAAAGCAUAUGAUAUCUACUUUUUAUGUUUGCAUGGUUAUCUUCUAAUCUGAGCCUGCAAAACUGUGUUUCCGUUUCUGUCCCAUGUGAUGUGUUUUUUCCUAUAUAAAGAUAUUUGUGCCACAAUUAUUGAAGGUCCAUUUAUUUUUGGCAGUGUUACAUAGCAUUUUAACCAAAGUAUUCAAAUAUUUUUAAAAUAGAUGUGCUAUAAUGCUUACCCAUGGGCUAUUUGGCUCCCCUCCCCUCUUGUUUUGGAAAUGUGAUGGUGUAAGAAUCCCCAAGUGUAGUAUUGAUGAGGUGAAUUGGGCUUGAACCAAUGAAUUCCAGAUCUCUCGAUUCCUGCCGCUUACCCUAAAAUUGGGUGAUUUUUAAGGAUCAGUACCCUAAUGCCAUAAGCUUUUCAGUAUUUAAUAUCUUGAUACUUGAUGUGGAGAAAGAGGAGAGAGAGAACUUUUUUUCCCUUCUCUUGUAACACUGGAACCCAGUGUCAUCCAAUAAAGCUGACCAGUAAGAGAUUGUUGUUGUUUAGUCAUUUAGUCGUCACUGUCAGAGGAAGAGGGGGGCGCGGGGAUCGCACCACCCCUGUAGGCAGCAUGCCCCGCCCCCCAGAAUGUGCACCAGCCCUGCCCCCAUCUGCUCUGCGCCCCCGGUGUCAGAGCAUGAAGCUCCGCCACCGUUAGUUGUGUCCGACUCUUCAUGACUCCAUGGACCAGAGCACACCAGGCACUCCUGUCUUCCACUGCCUCCCGCAGCUUGGUCAAACUCAUAUUCGUAGCUUCGAGAAUACUGUCUAACCAUCUCAUCCUCUGCCGUCCCCUUCUCCUUGUGCCCUCAGUCUUUCCCAACAUCAGGGUCUUUUCCAGGGAGUCUUCUCUUCUCAUGAGGUGGCCCAAGUAUUGGAGCCUCAGCUUCAGGAUCUGUCCUUCCAGUGAGCACUAGAUCAUACUCUCCAGUGAGAGAUUAUGGAUGGACAAAAGGAAGUGUUUCUCACACUGCCUAGCUAAACAAUGGAAUUUGCUUCCAUAGGACAUGAUGAUGCCACCAGUUUAAGACAAUUUUAAAAGUGGAUCAUUCAAAUUUGUGGAGGAUAAGGCUAUCAGUGACUCUGGUCAUAAUGGCUAUAUGCUACCUCCAGGAUCAGAGGGGCCAAGCCUCUGAACACCAGCUGCUGGGAGCACAAGUAGGGAGAGUGUUGUUGCAUUCCUGUCCUGUUUGUGAGCUUCUCAUAGGCACUUUGUUGUCCUCUGUAGAAAACAGGAUGCUGGACUAGUAGCAGGGCUCUCUAUACAGUGGUACCUCGGGUUACAGACGCUUCAGGUUACAGACUCCGCUAACCCAGAAAUAGUACCUCGGGUUAAGAACUUUGCUUCAGGAUGAGAACAGAAAUCGUGCUCCAGCGGCGCAGCAGCAGCAGGAGGCCCCAUUAGCUAAAGUGGUGCUUCAGGUUAAGAAAAGUUUCGUGUUAAGAAUGGACCUCCGGAACAAAUUAAGUACUUAACCCGAGGUACCACUGUACUGGGGUUUUGGAUUUCAAAUCAGCUUCCAAUAAACUGUCGCCUGUAUAGUGCAGCAAAUGUACUUUAUGGUAGUGUUGAUUUCAAAGCGGAGUUUUGCAGUCGCUAAUGCAGCCACACAGAGUAGAUCUCUUUAAUUUUUUUAUAAACUAACCCAUGAGACUGAUAUUUUCAGUCCUUCAGGAGGCUGCCUCUAGACACUUUUACAUAUUUGAAAUUCUGCUUGUUGAUUGUGAAAUACAUGCUACUAUCCUGAAUUGUUGUCCCCUCCUGUUGGUUGUAAGGUGACUGCUUUUGUGUGCUUCUGGAAUAAUUCAGCCUUCACACAGUUCACUGGAUUCAUCCAUCACAGCCAGACUUUUCAGUUUUCAUAUGCUGAAAAUCUAGGUGCAGUGAGAACAUGUGGCACUGAGAAUUUUUGCAAUGGUUAAGAUGCAAUAUUAGCUGUUGCAAUGUGUUUUUCUUUAAUGUCAGUCUGAUGGUAGAAAUAAUGUGGCUAUAAUCCAAUCAAUUUUCUUUUCUUUAGGAAGUUCCCUGUGCCUCACUCAAAAAUCAAGGUAACAAACACAUUCAUGGCUGUUAUAUGCUGGUACCCUUGUGAAAUAGCACUACGUGUGCCAUGUAAACACAGUGGUUGCAACUCACAAAGUUAGUUCGGCACACUUGGCUGAGGCUUUCAGUUACUGACUAUUGAAAGAGAAGGAGACGCCUUGCAGACCUUUGCCUGUUACAGCCAAUUCUGGGAGCCCCAUGUGCAUGAAGAAACGUUAAUGAUGGCUGCUUGUUGUCUGGCUCCUUGACACCUCAGAAAGCAUAAGCAUUUCCUGAAAUGUCAUUGAAAGCACAUAAGCAAAAUUCUUGCAUAUAUGCCCACAUAUGUAUACAGUGGUACCUUGGUUUGCAACCGCUUUGGAUUACAACCGUUUUGGAUUACAACCAUGUCAAACUCGGAAGAUAAGUGAAUUUUUGCAUAACAAGCAGGCAGAUAACAGAAUCUGUCUGUGUAUAUAUAUUAAAUAUGCAAAUAUUCCUCAAGGUUUGCCUGCAAUUGAUAUACUGCUUCUUACACAAGUAAUCAUUAACUCCCACGUGGCUUUGGCGUUCCAUACUUGUCAUUCACUGAAGCCAGAUAAGCCAAAUUAAGUUUUAGGCCUCAUGGUUGAAAUGUUUAGUAACUUCUAAAUAGGUAUCAGUCUAAAUCUAAAAAAUAAAUGCAAAAGCAAUUUUGUUUUAUGAGUUAUGGAAUUUGCUUUUCCAGUUACUUUUAUAGGUUGAUACAAUUCUUAAAAUUGUAGCUUAAUGUUUCCUGUAAGCUGCCUUGGAAGGGUCCUGAAAGGCAGGAUACUAAUAAGAUUUGCCUGCGUUCUUUAUAUGGAUCUUAAAAGGGCUAAUGUCUUACCACAGUUAAUGCAACAUGGAGCCUAAGGGUAGGUGCAGUAAUUUUCAAUGAAUAGCAAUCAUGUAAAUGUAUUUUCUCAUUUGUAGUUGAAGUUGUGUUCUUGUGUGACAAGAGAUGCAACAAGAAGCUGUCAUGUGGACGACACAAGUGUAAUGAGAUUUGCUGUGUGGUGAGUUCAUAAAUAUAAUGAUUUUUUUUUUUCCAGCAGAAAAAGAAAUUGUUUUUUCCUUUUAUUAGUUGUUUGAACUCUUAAUUAAUAUUUAGAAGGCUGGCUAAUAAUAGCCAUAAGCAAUCAUCCUGGUUUUGAUCUUUAAAGAAAUUUGCUUGAAGCCAUUUUGAUUACUCUUCUGUAGAGGCUGAAGCAAGGAACAGGUUGAUGUGAAACUUUGUGGGUUUUUAAAAUUAAUGUUCAUUCAGAAAAAGAAAAAUACAUAUUCCCAUAUUUUUAGGUUUUUUCCUUAUACAUAAUUUCUAUAACGACUUCCCAUCACCCCAUGGUGGAUGCUAAAUGCUUUAACGUGUUGCACUCUUCUUUAUCAGUCCAAAUCAUUUAGAAGAAAAACCAAGUAUUAAGCAUAAAUUAUUAAUUUGAUAUAAAGGAAAGAGGGGGCGCAAUUUUCAUUUUCCCCAUCACACAUAAAACGACAUAACUUACAACACACCCACCACGUUUUUUCUUUUGCAGGACAAAGAACACAAGUGCUCUUUGAUUUGUGGACGGAAACUCAAUUGUGGCAUCCAUAGAUGCGAAGAACCUUGUCAUCGUGGCAAUUGCCAGAAGUGUUGGCAGACUAGUGAGUGCACAUCAGAAUUGUAUGCUCUAUACUAGUUUUGAAAUACAUAGUCAAUUCGCUUCACUCAAGUUGUUUAAAAUUAAUUAGUUUGUUUAAAAUUAUGAGUAAAAUCCCAAUCCUUGAUCUGUGCUGCUGGAGAGGGUUGGGAACAGGUGGCAGUAUCCUUUUGCUGGGCUCUGCCAUCAUGGGGGCUCCCAUUCAGCUCACCAAAAGGAUAGGAAGUUCGGAAGCUACAGUUGGCAGUAUUCCUGCUGUGGGUAGCUGGCGUAAGUCCCCAAAAUGAAGGUUUUAUUGGGGCAGAGCAGAGCCGCCAGUGGAUCUGCUGGGUACAAAGCAGAUCCAUGUCCCAGAGUUGUGCUUAAUCUGAGUCUCUGCUGGGGCAGCCUUGAGCUGGGGCAGCAAAAUUGUAAAAACAACCACCACCACCACCACCACCACCACCACCACCUUGGAGUGAGCAGCAGGAUUGUUGAAUGUGGCGGUGGAUUUCCUACUCUUUCCCACCCUGCUGUUUGUGACCAGGGCUUUGGAUUGAUCUACCCCUACAUUGAGCACAAUGCAAUACCCCUUAGUUUCAAUUAAGUCCCAUACCAUUUUUCCCCCAGUUUGCUUUCGUGCCCACUUUUUUUUUAAAAAAUAGAUAGUAAAGGUAAAGGGACCCCUGAUUAUUAGGUCCAGUCGUGGCCAACUCUGGGGUUGCGGCGCUCAUCUCGCUUUAUUGGCCGAGGGAGCCGGCGUACAGCUUCCGAGUCAUAUGGCCAGCACAACUAAGCCGCUUCUGGCGAACCAGAGCAGCGCACGGAAACGCCAUUUACCUUCCCGCCAGAGCGGUACCUAUUUAUCUACUUGCAGUUUGAUGUGCUUUCGAACUGCUAGGUUGGCAGGAGCAGGGACCGAGCAACGGGAGCUCACCCCGUUAUCUAAAAAAUAGAUAAGUGCCCGCUACCUAUAGAUAUAUCAGUUGGAUAAUAGGUCAGUUAUUAGUUAUCAGUUGGAUAAUAGGUCAUGGAAGCUCUUUCAUUGCAUAUAUGAAAGUCUGUUGUGCCAGCAAAGCUACAGCAUUGGUUUAUGUCUGCAACCUAUUUUUUUUUAAUUUUUUUUUUCAGGCUUUGAGGAAUUAACGUGUUACUGUGGUGAAUCAGUGAUAUACCCCCCAAUACCUUGUGGUACUCGACCACCAGAAUGUAAAAAUUCAUGUACUAGACCUCAUGAAUGUGAUCAUCCAGGUAAGACUUACAUACAAAAUGCAUUUAACAACUACAACUACUACAACAGCCGUGCCAAACUAAGAUGAUGAAUCUAUUAAAUUUUCAAAUGUAUGAUGUAACAGUGCAGAUUCAGGUGUAGGUUUUGAACUUAAAUCUUAAUAUUAAUUUCUGAACUCCAGAACAUUUCUUACUGUAGUAAAAUGCAGGUGUAAAAGCCUUCAAAGCGUUUUCUUAAUUCAUAGAAGAAUAAAUAGGGCAUUCACUUCAAAUAAAAGUAGAUUCAAAUACUCUUCAUGUGAUCAGAGACCUGAUGAAAGAGAAUUUGGUAAAGUUUCCUCUGUCUUGUUAGUAAAAUAACUGAGGCAGUGGUUAUUUUUUCGAUAAGCGUGGAACAAAAUAGCUUGAAAUACAAGGUUGCGUCCAUUGUUGCUAUUCUGCUUGCACAGCAGAUUCUACUGCACAAUGGAACUUCCCCCUCCGUUUCUCUCCUCUGUUACACCAUCAAAAUCUGGUCCAGGGAGUUGGGAAACCCUCUUCAGAAGAUUUUGGCGGCAUUUGGGGAGAAUACAUGAACGGGAAGUCCCAUUGCGUGAGUGGAAUUGCACUCACAUAGCAUUGGAUAAAACCUAGUAGGUUUGCGAGAUGAUCCCUCACAUGGAAUGAAUUAAUUUGAUUAGCUAUUAAAUACCUUCCCACAAUACAGUGUAGAGGGAGGACAUGCUCUGGCAAAGAAUAAUGUCAUAGUUUGCACUGUGAAGCCUAUUUUUUGUGCACUAAUAUAGAAGUCCUCUUUUAAGCUCAGAGGAAGUCCAUCUUGAGAACUGGUAAAAUGAUACCACAUUUAAAAUGAGAGCAGACCAAGUGACUUAGAUGAGGCCACAAUUGAUGUACCAAUCAGUGGAGCAACCAUGUAAAAUUUUGCUUGCCUGAUUGCACUGAACAAUAGAAUGUAAAAAUAUUAAAUGCUAAAAUACAUGGCUUUAGAAGGACAUAUUUGAAUUUGUUUCAUUAAAGAGAUUUCAUCUUGAAACAUUUCCUUACGUUAUUUGAAACUCGUUUUCCCUCCUUCUGUGGAUGCAGUGUAUCAUUCCUGUCAUAGUGAAGACAAGUGUCCACCAUGUACAUACCUCGUUCAGAAAUGGUGUAUGGGAAGACAUGAGGUAAGUGUGACUGUUUAACUUCCCAUUUUUAGAAAUAAAGCAUAGCUGUGUUUUAUUUGUACGUUAGUGGUGUUGCUCAUAUCUGCACACUGUACAGCUGGGUCCAGAUCAUGUCUUGAUUUAUUAAGCUAAGAUUUAAAUGAACCUUUUGUCUGCACACACAGCCCCUUCUCUUCUCUCUUUGCAGUACACCUGGGUCAAAUACAGAUGACUCCAAUUGACCACAGUGUCCUAUUUCAUCUGAACCAGGCUUAUCAUAGCGUUCGGAUUGAAUGGGAAACCAUAGUUAAUUGUAUACAGUUGUACCUUGGAUCCCGAAAGCCCUGGAACUCUGACGUUUUGGCUCCCGAAUGCCUCAAACCCGGAAGUGAUUGUUCUGGUUUGCGAACGUUCUUUUGGAACCCAAAUGUCCGACGGGGCUUCCGUGGCUUCCGAUUGGCUGCUGGAGCUUCCUGCAGCCAACCAGAAGCUGCGAUUUGGUUUCAAACGUUUUGGAAGUCGAACGGACUUCCAGAACGGAUUCUGUUUGACUUCCAAGGUAUGACUGUAGAUCUGUACUUCAUUUGGGUGCAGUGUGAAAAGAAAAGAAAGUCUGCAUGCAUGGGCAAAAGGGAUCAUUCAUAUUUUGGCUUACUGAAUAAAAAUGUGAUUGUCCAAACAGAACUUAGGUUUUUAGAUGCUUUUUUAAAAAACAGGCCAAACCAGUUUGUUUCCUCAAUGACAAGGCUCUUAAAUUUUUGCUGAUGCAGAGAACGGAGUGUGAGUUGUGUUUACCUUUUUUUGUGGCUCUGAACUGACAAAGCUCUUUAAGUAUUUGGCAGCCUAUGCCCAUUUGGGGGGGGGGGGGCUCUGUGAAAAAUCGUAUUAAAAUAUGUGGGCUUAGACAACCAUUUUGUCAUCAUGAGUUGACUUUUGGAUAGCCACUUUUACAGUGAAAAUCUGAAGAUAACUCUGCUUUAUGAAGGGGUUUGUCAUGUGUCUCACUGCAACACAGAUGCCUGAUGAACUCAUUCAGAAGCCUUUAAUGAGCACAGGUCCCUUCAUAUGUGGUCUAUUCCAACUCUAUGAUUCUAUGAUUCUAUGAUAUGUCUGUCAAAAAAGUUCCUCUACAAUGAGAGAUUGGCCCAUCCUAUGCAGUUAGUAUAUCUGCUUUUAAAUAAUAGACAUUCUUAAACCUCAUUUCUUACAAGGUUGUCCAGUAUCCAUCUCUUUGUUUCUUCUUCUUUUUUCCUUCCUGGCUUAGUUGCGGAGCAAUAUUCCCUGCUACCUCACUGACAUCUCCUGUGGUCUUCCCUGUGAUCGAAUGUUAAAAUGUGGAAUGCACAAAUGUAAAAGGAUUUGCCACAAAGGGGAAUGCCUCAUAGAUGAAGAAUGCAGGCAACCGUGUACUAUCCUUAGGCUUCACUGUAAUCAUCCAUGUAUGUCUCCAUGCCACCCAUCUUUACCAUGCCCCACAACGUCUUGCAGUGCAAAGGUAGGUGACAUAAAAAAUAAUCAGACAUUUUUUUCAAAAAAAUAAAUAAUUUUUUUCAUUUAAUGUCAGCCACUUUAGAUGGGCAGCAUGGCCCAGUCUGCAAAAUAUAAAAACCACGGCCUUUCUUUUUAAAGCUGAUUUUGUCAAAUGGGUUUGUACAGAUGUCAUGAACUUGCAAGUAUUGAAGUUUCAUUAGUUUGUGAAUGAUACCGUUGUUGAGCAGGGAGCAGGGUGUUAAUUGGUUUGUGGUCAGUUGUUCUUGUUUUUAUUAUGUGUUUUGUGUUUUUAUAUUGUAUCUUUAUGUUGUGAACCACCCUGAUAUCUAUGGAUAAAGGGCAGUAUACAAAUUUAAUAAGUAAAAUAAUAAAAUAAAUAAGAGAGCCACUGAAAUCUUUGAUGUAUUGCAUUCACGAAGAAUGUUCUGUGUGAAGCUGUCCUGAACAUUCAGCUUCAUUGAAUGGCCAUGGGUUCUAGUAUUAUGAAGGGGGGAUUUCUCUAUACAGCACUGAUGCACUGUAUAUGUUAUUAUAGUAGAUAUAACCUUGAUCUUCCAGUAAAUCAAGCAGAGUGUUUGGCAGAUUAUUUGGAUUGCUACUGUUAUAGUGUAGUGCAGCCUGUUGCCGUCCAUAUGUUUUAGAUUACAUCUACCAUCAGCCUCUGGCAACACGGCCAAUGAUCAGGAAUGUCUUGGAAGUCGUCUAAAUAUCUGGAGGGUACUAGGUUGGGGAAGGUUGAUUGCAGUAGCUUGAUUUUCACUUAGAUAACAGCAAAUGAAUCCAUCGUAUUUUAGGGAAUCAGGGAAUUCUCACCUGUGUUUUCUUCAAAUCAUAAAAUACUUAGGAACGUUAGAUUCCUGCCAUAUUCCUGGUUUUGUGCCAUUAUAGGUUGAACUUCAUUGUGAGUGUGGGAGAAGAAAGGAGACUAUGAUUUGUUCAGAAGCAUCAAGCACUUUUCAAAGGUAUUUACUGGCUCUGACUUCUGUAGUACAGUAGGCCUGUCCCUUACGUGAGGGUUCAGUUCCCGGGAGGGGGGUAAGGUCCACGCGUGCAAAGGCAAAAUUGUGCAAAGUUGGGAACUCCCGGAAUACCUCCCCCCCAGCAAGUUGAAGGACUGCUUAUUGGGGUCUGAGAAGGUCACGGGGCAGGUGGCUGUGAGCUUCCCAGGGCUGUCCUGCAAGCUUCCCACACCCUGGUAAGCAAGGAGGCUACUUCCUUAACUGGCCUCUGGGACAGUCCCAGAGUUGUCACACCUCCUUUCCAGAGGCCAGUAAGAUAGGUACCAUCAUGCUUACUGGGCUUUGGGAAGUGGCCGUGACGGCUCUGGAUGCUUUCAGAGCCCUCCUGCUCCCUUCCCAAAGCUUGGUAAGUGAGGAAAACCUGCUGGGUGCACAGGGGUGGGUUGUGUUGGGAGAAAUAAAUGGAGAGUGAAGAGCAAUGGGGUUCCCCAGUUCUCCAUUUACUUACUUACUUACUUACUUAUUUCUACCCCACCCGCAUACGGUUGCAAUUGUGUAAGCAGAGUCAGCACAAGUUGCAGACUUAAUGUGUGUGUGUGUUGCUGUUUCUGUGCAGUAAUUAAUCAUAAACAGCCAUGGCUUUUCUCUAAAAUUUGUAUGUCCUAGAAACAGAAAAUUAAUUUACUCACUUGCUCUUUCAUACUGAGCAUUGUAAUGUGUUCUCCUGCUACUAACAGGAGGUAGCAGCUCUGCAAUAUAUGUCGUCUGUGUUUCAAUUUAACAGGAAGUCUAUAAAUAAAUAACUAGACAUAAAUAAACUCUUGGCAGAAUUUUUUUCUUGUCAACUAUUCUGAGUGGGAAAUUAUGAUAAUUUUUCCUACUUUUUAUAUUGAAUCGUCUUUUGUAACUCCUAUCAGAAAUGUUACAUUAAAAAAAAAAAGCACCAUAUUAAUCAUGGUCUAGCUUGGGUAUUUAAGACCACUAGUGUCUGAAUUGAGUAAGGGAUGCUAAUUUAAGUUUUUCAGAUAGCAUGCCAGUAAUAAUAUACAUGCAAAAUUUGGGGACAGCUAUGGAUGUAAUCACAUAAUAUCUGCUAUGUAUUUUUCUUGCAUCAUUGGUAGGAGAGAUUAGCUUAUUCCUUAACGGAAAAGACUUCUAAGGUCUAUGUUUCGCUCAUUCAAGUGCAUUCCAUCAUUGCCCUUGACUUCAUAGUUUCCUUGACACACUCAAUCCUCUGUGUACCCUCCAGCCCUCUGUGUACCCUCUAAAUUAGCUCUGGAGGGUUGAGAGAUGAUGUGGAGCUGUUUUGGAGGUUACAGGGCAGGCCAUUGUGUCAGCAGAAAGCUGCUGGUGCAGGUUUGGGUGCCAUCCCCUGGGAAUUUUCUGUUGCCUCAUUUAAAGACAUUUUAUGUUUCAUAAAUAUCAUUCUUUUCCAGAAUAGCUGCUAUUUCUAUAGCCUCUAAGUUAACCGAUCCACACCACGGAGAUUCAAUAGAGAUCAGCAAAUUGAUUACCAAAAAGGAAAUGAAGCAAACCAGGUAAUCAAAUUAUGAAACAAAUACUUGAAUAGACUCAAAUUACUGCUGAACUGAGGAGCUUAACGAGUUUUAAAAUCAAAUGAUAGCUUACCUAUCAGUUGCUGCUUUGAUUUGGGGGCCGGAGAUGCAGAAGUUGUCCCCUGUAAUCAGUUACCAUUGUUGACUGUUCACUAACUAUGAGCUGUCCAUAGUUUCCUGUGGAGAGUGAGGAGUGGAAGCUCAACAUAGAGUUAUUCCAGUUAAGCAUCAAGUCCGAACACUAUUGAAUACUAACAUCUGAAAUCUUUCUAUGCUAUGUCCAGCUGCUGGUAAGACAAGGCAAAUAGGAGCUUCUGUUUCACUGAAAAUACUAUUUUUUUCUAUAUGUGGGGGAGAGAGGAUUUUACAAGGAAAUGUAAUUUUGUGCAUUGUAUCUUGUUUGUGUAGGCUGCAGUGUGAUGAUGAAUGUUUGGCUCUUGAAAGAAACAGGUAGGUAAUAAUUUUAUAAUUUAAUUUAGCAAGACGGAUUGUGUGCUAUAGCAGUUAGAGUGUUGGCCUAAGACCUGAGAGACCAGGGUUCUAAUCCCCACUUAACCACAAAAGUGACCUUGGACCACUCAUUGUCUCUCCACCUUAACACAGGGUUGUUAUGAGGAUAAAAUAUGGAGAGGGGAAACAUGUUCGCCACCUGGGCUCCUUGGAGGAAAGGUGGGAUAUAAAUGUAAUAAAACAACCAUCUCUUUAUUCUAUAUUGGGUGGAAAUAUCGUGGAAUUAAAUUACGUAAGAUUAGGAGGAGGUAAUCUGAACAGACCGGAAUUUAUUUGUAUUUCAUUUAUUUAACAAACUUUUGUUCCUUCCAUUAAAAAAAAAAUGCUUUGUAGGGUAGCUUGCAGGUACACAAAAUACGAAACAUUAAUAAAAUCCAAAAUAAUGAGAAGCAAAUAAAAAAGGAGAGUGAUAAAGGCAAUAUAAAACUAGCCACAUCCUGGGUUUAAAAUGUUUAAAGGCCCAGAGUGGAAAAAAAAUUUCCCUUGACACUGAAAAAGUAACAAAAUGGGGACCAGGUGAGUUUCUUGACCAGGGGCACUAGUGUCAGCACUGAGGAGAGCCUCUCCAGAGUAGCCAGUGGCACCCAGAAAAGGGCCUUCAGAGAAGACCUCACUCUAUGGUAGGCUGAUGAUGGGGCAACUGAGUAAUCUAGGACCACUCUGGUCCCAAGCUGUGUAUGGCUUUGAAGGUAAGCACUAGUACUUUGAAUUGUGCUUGAAAUGGACUAGGAACAAGUGUGGCAUCACCCAUGCCUGUGGGCAACUUGGAAUUCCGUUAACCUCUGGAGGUGAACUGUUGGAAAGGGUCCACCACACCUGAGGAGGGGAGCAGUCUUCCCCAGUGUAAAUGGCAACAAGAAGUUACCAGACCACAAUGAAGCCAUAAACAGGAAUUCCCUACUUGUGUAAAUGAGAAGCAGUUAUUUGGCAUAAUCAUGGGUCAGUAGCAGUAUUAGAAACAGAUAUGAAAGCUAGGAGCUAAAUGGCACCUUAAACCUAGGAUAUGGGCGCAACAACAGAAUGUCUAGGCACGCUUUUUUAUAAUGAAAGCAAAGCUGAAAAUGAAUUAACUGCAGCUGAAACAUUAUGUUCAUUUUUCACAUGGUCUAGUCCUUCCCCUGCCCAGCCCCCGAACAUUCUUAAGUGUAUCGGAUCUCUUCUUCAGUUUUCAGAGAGUAGCUGGAAAUGGGGAGGGAGAAAAAACUCCUUUCCUUCCACUCUGCACUUUUAAUCUGAAAUCUUAGGCCUAGUACUGUGCCCAGAGCUCAGAAACUGCUCGCGCUAAUGAAAUUUCCUGUCGCAAAAUGCAUCUAGAACAAUGGGAAUUUCUAACACUGGUCAGUCAUGGCUUAAAAGACUCUUGAGCACCUCAAAUCAUGUAAAAGAAAAAAAUCCCAGAGGUGAAUCGUGAUUCUAUAGUAUAAUGACUGUAUAAGAAAGGCUUGAAAUCAUGUGAAUGUUGUGUAGUUUAAUUUUUGUCAAAUAUUGGGGUAAAACAAUUACUUUUUAAUAUUCAUUAAUUAGGCGGUUUGCUGAGGCUCUUCAUAUUGAUGACAGUUCUGAUCCUUUUAAUGUCCGUGCCUCUGUACCCAAGUACAGUGAUAGCUUGAAAGAGGAUGCAAGGUAUGUAUCGUUGUUACUUAGUGGUUUGUGUAUUCUCCAGGGACACAUUGGUAGCCCUUUGACUUCAGUGUCCAGAGGUUAUAGCUGGAGAAUUGUUUUAAUGUUAAAAUUCUAGUUGGUCUAAUUUGCAAAGGUUUUAUUAAACGCUCAUACUGAUAAGUGCCUCUUCUCCCCCGUACAUGAUAGGGAAAUUUGUUUGAAUGUUUCCCUCUUUUCUUGUGAGUUCUCCAAGAAAAUAAUGGUGGCAUAACUAUGUUGUUAAAAGCAUGUUUAGUACAGUUGUACCUUGAUUUGUGAAUGCCUUGUGACUCGAACGCUUUGGCUCCCAAACUGCAAACCCGGAAGUGAGUGUUCCGGUUUGUGAACGUUCUUUGGAACCCAAACGUCCGGUGUGACUUCUGAUUGAGUGCAGAGAGCUCCUGCAGCCAAUCGGAAGCCACACCUUGGUUUGUGAACGUUUUCAGAAGUCGGAUGGGCUUCCAGAACGGAUUCCGUUCAAAAACCAAGGUACGACUGUAUAUUGAACGUAAACUGUAAAUGCCUCAAUGGAGCACAUGGGCAAUGGAAUUCUGUACUCUUCCCCUGCCUAGGGUUUCCCUUCUGUAGCUGAUUUUUCUUUUACACAUGUUCAUUUCCAGUAUUGGAGCUGGUUUCAGCUAGGAGGAGCACUGUGGCGAGAGGAAGCAUGUGGAGGAAGGUUCAGAAUCUCCAUUUCAAAUUGAUUUAAGAUGUCAAUGUGGUUUAUGGCAGCUAUGAAAUUGGCAAGUGCCAUAUUAGUGAUAAUUAAAUAAUUAGGGACAAAUUCAUGGCGGAGAAAUCUCUGAAUGGCUGCUUUCCACAGUGGCUUUGUUCUUCCAUUGUUGGACAGAACAGUCUCUGGAUACUGGUUGCUGGGAAUCACGAGGAGGAAGAGUUCUGUUGCACUCAGUCCUGCUUUUGGGUUUCCUGUAGGCAACUGGUUGGCCACUUUGAGAAGACGAUGCUCAACUACAUGGACUGUUAGCCCAAUCAGGCUUUUAUGUUCCUACCUGGUACUUUAUUUGUGAUUCUCACUGACCUCCAUUUGAAGGCACAAAUCUGCCCACUGGUCCAAAGAGGUUGGUGACCUCUUGGGAAAAAAGCAGUGAAACGAUAUGUAUGAUGCUUAUUCCAUCAGAAUUUAAAUGCAGUGUGAAUGUUGAAGCUCGUAUAUACUUUUUUUUUUUUAAUUUACCUUGUGAAAAAGCAGAAAAUGUCAAUUGUGGCUUUAAAAUGAGGCAUAAUGAAAUUGGAUUGCAAGUGAGAGUCUGAAACUACUCACAGUGUAUCCUGUAUGAUUUGUGCUGGGAAAACACUGGUGUAUUUCAAAUGCUAUGUAUGGAUAGCAGUAGUCCUCCUUACAUUUGUCAUACAAUUCUUUAUUAUUACAGGAAAGAUUUAAAGUUUGUCAGUGAAGUUGAGAAAGAAAUGAAAGCCCUUGUAGAAGCAGUAAAUAAGGUUAGUAACGGGGGAACCUUUUAUUUCCUGUUAAUUUUUUGAAGUGUACAUACGUUUAAGCCAUGAACAAAACUAAAAUUUAUUUUGUAAGAUUUCUUUAACUUAUGGGGCAGAGAGAAACAUGUAUAUAUGAUGCACAUAUGUACAUAAACUUGGAUGCUAUAGAUAUUUUUAUUAUUGCAAUUAACAGUUGUGAUUCAAAGAAGUGAUACAUAUUUAUUGUAGAUAGUUCGUUCUCUAGUCUUUCAGAUUAACACAUAACAGAAGCUAGAAACUAGAAUGCUUCAUUCUUCUCCAACCUUCAUGAAAGAAACAUAUAAAAUAAACAUCUCUCUGUAAUCCAGAGCAAGCAUACAAAGAAGAGCCAUUGCUUCCCGCCUAUGAACAGAGAACACCGCAGAAUCAUCCAUGAGCUUGCUCAGGCUUACGGCAUAGAGAGUGUGAGCUAUGAUAACGAACCAAAGCGCAAUGUUGUUAUCAGUGCGGUGAAGUAUGUUGUUCCAUUUUCUUGUUAUAAGUUGCAAAAUAACCUCCUUAACAGACACUGUAAUAUUCGCAUUUGUUCUGUUUAAGCCUGUUCUGUUUUUACAUUUGCACUGUGCAAACAUCUUGUGCGUUCUUUGUGUGCCGUGUAUUUCAAAACAGCGUUUUGUUUUGUGGAGAGGAAUGUGUCGUCAUGAACAUUUCUGUUGUUGGAAACGUUCCUCAUUUGAUUCAUUUUAUAUAUAUAUUUUACAUAUUUGAAUUCGGUAAUAGUUGGCAUCAAGUCAGAUUUUAAUAUAGAGCAAAAGUCAUCAUAAGCACCAUUAGUUAAUCAGUCUUCCUCCCAACCCUCAUUUUAUAGACUUUGUAGACUUGUCUGUUGUCUUACUGUGGGAGCAGAGAGGGGGGACAUUGUUUCUGUCCAUCAGUAUUAACUUGGUGGAUGGGGUUUUUUUUUUGUUUCUAAUUUUCUCUGUAUAACAUAACUACUCACUAGUAUUUCCAAAUAACGCAGGACAUUAAAUGAAAGCAUUCUCCUAUCCCGCUGGGGUUCUUGUGUGAAGUGAGAUCUAUACAAAGGACAUGCUUUCCUCCCUUGCUUUCAAAACCCAUUUCUUUUUAAAAUUUUGAUAUAGAAGUGGCUGUGAGGGAAUGAGAGGAAGGGAAAUCUAGUCGCAGCCAUGUAGGCAUCCUUUGUCAAAGCUCAUUUAUAUUAUGGCUCUCUUUCUCCAGAGGGAAAUCAGUUUGCCCAACAGUUACUCUGACUUCGCUGCUUACCAAGGAAAGGCAGACGAGGCCCCCACCACCUAUUCCUCAUCACAAACAAUCAGAAAAGUAAGUACUAUUGCUUUGAAAUAUUGGUGCUGUAUCUUUUAUUAGUGUGUUUUCUGAAAUAAGAUACAUACACUUACAAAUGGGCAAGCUGGCAAUGCAUCCCAGUCUGUCCUACUGUCGCAGAAGAUAGAAUCGGGAUUUAAAAUGAUAAUAACAGAUUGGAGAACUGGGCCCAAGCUAACAAAAUUAAUUUCAGUAGGGACAAAUGUAAGGUUCUGCACUUAGGCAGGAAGAACCAGAUGCACAAAUAUAAGAUUGGGGGCACCUGGCUUACUAGCAGUACAUGUGAAAAGGAUCUAGGGGUCUUAGUGGACCACAAGCUUAGCAUGAGUCAACAGUGUGAUGCAGCAGCAAAAAAAGCUAAUGCUAUUCUAGGCAGCAUCAACAGAAGUAUAGUGUCCAGAUCAAGGGAAGUAAUAGUACCACUCAAUUCUGCCUUGAUCAGACCACACAUGGAAUACUGUGUCCAAUUCUGGACAGCACAAUUUAAGAAAGAUGUUGACAAGCUGGAACGUAUGUAGAGGAGGGCAACCAAGAUGACCAAGGCUCUGGCAACCAAGCCUUAUGAUGAACAGUUGAAGAGCUGUGUAUAUUUAGCCUGGAAAGGAGGAGACUGAGAGGAGAUAUGAUAGCCAUCGUCAAGGGCUGCCACAUGGAAGAGGGAACAAGCUUGUCUUUUCCUGCUCUGGAGGGUAGGAUUCAAACCAAUGGCUUCAAGUUACAAGAGAAAGGAGAUUCCGACUAAACAUUAGGAAGAACUUUCUAACAGUAAGAGUUGUUGGACAGGGCAGCGGUCUCCCUCGGGAGGUUGUGGACUCUCCUUCCUUGGAGGUUUUUUAGCAGAGGUUGGAUGGCCAACUGCCAUGGAUGCUUUAGCUGAGAUCCCUGCAUUGCAGACAGUUGAACUAGAUGACCUUUGGGUGUACUUUCCAACUGUACCAUUCUGUGAUUCUAUGAACAUCUGAAGGACCACAUCUUCCUUACCUUUGGACUAGAGCUAGACACUGUCUCCCAAAACCUUGGAAAGACUCCUUCAGUUGAUGCCCCAGUCAUUUUCAGCCAUAGCCACAGCACAAAUGUCUUAUCCUGCACAAGCAUGUAGUUGCACAACCAGGAAGUGGACUUUGAUUUUGAAUCCUGUCUUUUUAUCUGUAAGGCUGCUAAGUAUCAGUGCAUUGACUUGUAUUCAUCUGAUGCAAUAUUUGGCAGAAGCAUGUUCCAUAAGGUAGUCUCAGUAUGAAUCCCACUAUAGUAAAACAUUACUGGAGAAAGCAAAAUUUAGUUUUAAUAAAGAUCAGGGUAGGGCAGCCCACCCCACACUUAAACAGGAAGCACACACGUUCAUGUUGGUUGUUUGGGAAGAGCAGGACUUAGCAUUUUUUGUGCAGUCCACACACCCUCACUAGGUGUCUUAAAAUGCUUAAUUUAGUGGGAUUACCUUCUUUCCUUUUGUCAUCUUUUCGUUAGCUCACCUUGUUACCUUGUUGUAACAGUGCUUAGUCUUACUCUUCAAGUUCAGGAGCUUCUCCAGGUUCCAAGCAUAGUCAGGGAACGGAGGGGAAGCCCUUCCCUUUAACAUACCGUAUUUUUCGCUCUAUAAGACGCACCAGACCACAAGAUGCACCUAGAUUUUGGAGGAGGAAAACAAGAAAAAAAAAUAUUCUGAAUCUCAGAAGCCAGAACAGCAAGAGGGAUCGCUGCGCAGUGAAAGCAGCAAUCCCUCUUGCUGUUCUGGCUUCUGUGAUAGCUGCGCAGCCUGCAUUCGCUCCAUAAGACGCACACACAUUUCCCCUUACUUUUUAGGAGGGAAAAAGUGAGUCUUAUACAGCAAAAAAUAUGGUAAUUUGUAAGGUGACUCUGCCUGCUGACCAAGACCAAGGUGCUAUUGUGUCAGUCCAGAAUGGCCUGCAUUACUGAGAACCCCAAAAUUUGACUUUUACCUGAAAGUAUCAAAUUUUUAUUUCUCCUUCCCCCCAUUCUGUUUUAAUUUCAGGCACGGGAAUAGCAGCACAGAGAGAGGAUUCAAAGAGGAGCCUGUGAUUGACUACUUUGAUGUACAGGACUGAAAAGAUGAAUGUGAAAUUUGUGCCGUUGAAAAGUGGAAGUGAUGCUACCAAUCAUUUUUUCCGUUGAAACGCUUUGUACUCGGUGUAUCACAAGUACAUCCUGGAAACAGCAGAUGAAAAGAAAUAGCUUGUCAUUCUUUAACCCUCUGUGUGUGUGUAACCAGCUUUGGGGUGGGGGGAAACGAACAUAGAAUGUAAGUGCAAGUUGUAUGUACGUCUCAACAGCCUGCAUCUGACGCUGCAAAACCUGUAGUGGUUUGUAAGGACAGAUAAAUGCAACAAGUUGGCAUCUAAGGUAAUCUGCUAUAAAAUAUAAAUGAAUUAUAUCUCCUAUGUAAGAUAAACUUUUUGUCUGGGUAUAAGGCACAGUGAAACAAUAGCCCUAUGCAAGCUGUUUCCCCUCACUCAUUCAAAAUUGCACCCACCUUGUGUGAUUGGCAGCCCUGUCCUCUGCCAUCAAUGAGCUGGGGAGAGCUCAGAAGCAGGAAGCUUGUUCCCUUGUAUGAUCAGAAACACCCUGCGCGGUCGGGGCCCUAAAUCAUUCUGGGAGUAUAAACCUAUAGUGCUGGCUCUUUGUUUUAGACCUUCCCCCAACCCCCGUAUGGAUACAAGCUGGAAGGCAAAGACUCAGGGAUGGACAACAAAUGCAUCUGCAACAAAUUCUUAAAGGUUUUCAGCUUAAGGAGACAAGUUAAUUGAAUUCGUGAAGUACGAAAUUAGGGAUGCUGAUGUAUCCAGAUGAAAUGAUGAAAGCCAGCUUUUCAGUCAAAGCAUUACGAGGCGUAGUCCCAUAGCAAUUUGAACUUUGUGCAGCCUAGAAACAGUAGGAUUGGUGAGUCAGUAAGUUUAUACCCUUUUGUAUCUAAACUUGAGUUGCCUUUGCCAUAAGUCUAAUGCUGGAUAUUUUCAGGUGGUAAGUGUAUGGAGCUGGGGAUUUUUUAUGUCAUCUGUAGGUUCCUUUUUGGUUUUUUUUAAUGGAAAUGAGCUUAUCGGUUAUUCUUCAGUUAGGGUAGCAUGUAGCCUUAUGCUUUGCGUGUAGCGGUAACAAAUAAUAAUUAUUUUUUUGCAUUUUUAUCAGUGGCCAGACAGCAAUUGAAUAUGGUUACUGUACUUCAAAUGAGAUAUAAAGCCACCUUAUUAUUUCUCCUCCUCUUCCUCUUUGCAAACUGUGACCCAUAUAUUUCCUUAACAUUCUUCCUGUUUCAUACCCCUUCCUUUUGUGGACAGCUUCCAAGCUACAGGAGUGCCCACAUGGAUGCACCUUACUAAAAAGAAUAGUGUGUAAGGAUUUUAGAUGAGGGUACUGUUUAGUCAAUUUUACCUAAUUUGUACCCUGCCUUUCCAUUAAAUAUAUGUAACGGCAUUUUAUCAAUAUGCAGGGGAAUCCUGAAGUGGCUUGGACUAUCUGUAUCUGCCUUGUGAACACGUGCAAGUAUCCAUUCUUGGUGCAUUAUGAUUUAAAUUAGUGGAAUGGUUUGUAACAAGAGAAGAGGCCAAACCCACGUCCCUAGUAGAAUUUUUAAGUUCCUGUCGCACAGAGACAUUGGGUUAGUGGCCCUGCAGCACAGACAAGUGAUUGUUCCUUAUAUUACACGUUUAUUAUUAUUUAAAUACCAAAAAGUUGAGCACAAUUGCGCCUUUCCCACAGAACCUUAAAGUAAAAUGCACUUCCUUUCUGUACAUGGAGUGGAGCUGUGCUUCUGGCACCCCUAUCCAGUGGUUGGUUUUUCUGCAUGGUAGGGAUUUUGCACUCGGUAACAGUUCUGAUGCCCCCACCCCAAAGACAUGCACAAAAUAGGUGCUAUGUUACAGCUAAAAUCACAUGAAUGCAGAAGGGAUUGAUCAAGACUCAAGUGGAAGUGCAGCUCUACAUUCCUCCAACCAGUACAAUGUACUUCUGCUGCAUCAAUACACAAGAAGGAUGUAGCUGAACAUUUUGAACAGAGCCCAUAAGCACAGAAACGUUUAUUCCUAUUCAUUACUUAGCUGUUUUCAUUUAUGUGGAUAGUGGUUUUUAAGUGACUGGUUCUGCUAUUGCUUGGUGAAAAAGUGCCAUGUAUACAUUAAGGGAUUAAACUGGUGUUUCUCUUUGUUGGUUUUGUAACAUCUCAGCUUUUAAAAAAUUGCCAUUCUCAUUUUAUUCACUUCUCAUUUGGUUUUUGCACUUUUUGGUGAUCUGAGAGGGAAAAGUCUAAUUGGAACAAGUUUUUCAAACUUCUCUUUUGCACCUAUAAACAGGGCAUUUGGAUCCAUACAUGCAAACAGUGCAGGCAGAAUUUUAGGACUGAGGCUUAGUAAUAAUUACAUAUUCAAAACUGCUGAGAAUACUCAGUGCUUUGUGUGCAUCGAUUUGUGUGUAAUCUAAAGUUGUGAAAAUUGCUAUGGAAACCAUUCCUAAUGGCAUUUCUCUUGAUGUACUUCAUGAUGAAUUAAGUGAAUUGAUUUAUGUUUGGUUUUUAAUAAGUUAUUUGUCAAAACUUUAUAUAUAUAUACAUACACACACACAACUUGCUUGCUUUCAAUUCAGUGGUGUAAUAAAUGACUGACUUUAUAAAUUUGUAAUAUAAAACUGUAAUAAAGUUCAAAUGGAUCUUGUC